UAGCUGCAGCACCACACUACUCCUGGCCGGUGGCCGCCCCCCACACGGCCGCACCCUAUUAGAGAUCGUCGCAGUCGCUACUUGCUAGGCUGCUGGCUUGCAUGCCACUCCACGCCGCUGCCGCCAAGUAACUCCUACCCAGCAUACGCCAAUAACUUGCCGAGCAACAUUGCGGCGGCACCGCUCGUGGCUCGCGCGCCAGCUAUGGGCACCGCCGCGCGGCGUGAGCCGCUGAAGCAGCGCGUGAACCGCUGCCUCCUCAAGCUCUCCGACCGCGACACCGAGGCCAUGGCGGCCGCCGAGCUCGAGGCCAUCGCGCGCGCGCUGGACCCCAACGAGCUCCCGGCCUUCGUCUCCGCGGUCUCGGACGCGCGGCCCACCGACAAGACCCCGCUCCGCCGCCACGCGCUCCGCGCCCUCGCGCUCGUCGCCGCCACCCACCCGCGCGACGUCGUGGCCCCGCUCGUCCCGCGCAUCCUCGCCGCCGCGCUCCGCCGCGUCCGGGACCAGGACUCCUCCGUCCGCGCCGCGCUCGUCGAUGCCGCCCGCGCCGCGGCGGCCGCGUCGGGCUCCGCGUCCGCCGCGCUCCGGCCCCUCACGGACGCGCUCCUCCACGAGCAGGACCAGUGCGCGCAGCUAGCGGCCGCGCUCGCCACGGCCGCCGCCGUCGAGGCGUCCGUCCUCACCGCCGACCUCGCUUCCUACCUCCAAAAGCUCCAGCCCCGCCUCCUCAAGCUCCUCCGUAGCAAUGCCUUCAAGGCCAAGCCCGCGCUCAUCACCCUCAUCGGCGCCUCCGCUGCCAUGGGCGGCGCUGCCGAAGUCACCGCCUCCAUCCCGUGCCUCCGCGAUGCAAUCGCUAGUGACGACUGGGCAGCGAGGAAGGCCGCGGCGGAGGCGCUUGCUGCAUUGGCCUUAGAACACACUGAUCUUCUCAUGACCUACAAAUCCUCCUGCGUUACCUUCUUCGAGGCCAGAAGGUUUGACAAGGUCAAGAUUGUGCGAGAGUCGAUGAACAGGAUGAUCCAGGUCUGGAAGGAGAUCCCGGAUGUUGAAGAGGACGAAUGCUCCUCCGCUGAGCCACCAGCGUCGCAGUCACAAUGCAGAUCUUCUCUUACAGGGAGUGCAAGUGACGGGCGAUAUCCAGCUGCUUCCCUAGCUUCAAACUCAGUUCAAUCGGCUACGAGGAGGAGCAGAUUACCAGUGAGCAGAUCACCUCCGCCUGAUGUGUCGCCCAGCGUCACUAAAACAAGUAGCCCUUCAUCCAUCAGGAACAAGAAGCUCUCUCCUCCUUCACACCGCAAAGUGGGCCAAGCCAAGAAAUGUGACUACAAGGUUGACAUUGCUCUUGCUCUGGAUGCUACCCCAAUCAAAGUGGUAACGGAGGAGAAGCUUCUGAAAGGAGGGAACGUGAGAGCAAGACUAGACGCAAGGAGGACACACUUUCAAGGCAGUGAGGGAGCCAAUAAGCUGACUGGAUCGAAAGCAGGCUCACGAGUCGUUCCAUAUGAGGGUGGUGGUAACUUGGAAGAGAUUUCUGAAGUUGAUGGUGGAUCAGAGAGGUUUCAAUCAGUUCACAAAGAUGAGAGGUUUUCAGAGAUUAAGACACAGCUUCGUCAGAUUGAAAACCAGCAGAGCAGUUUACUAGAUCUUCUCCAGAAAUUCAUGGGGAAUUCUGAGAGUGGCAUGAAUUCUUUGGAGACAAGGGUGCAUGGGCUGGAGAUGGCAUUGGACGAGAUCACUCGUGAUUUGGCCUUCUCUUCAGGAAGGAUGUCAAACAGGGAACCUGAUGUGAAUACCUGCUGCAUUCUGAGCCCAAAUUUCUGGAGAAGGCGCGAUGGUGGUAGAUAUUCCUCCAGGUAUUCUGUCUCCGACGCACCAAACAGCUCGGAGGAGGGCAGAACUUCUUACAAAUGGGAAAGGCGGAAGUUUGGGCUUCGGGGUGGACUUGUCACCAACCCAUUAGCCGAGCCGAACAUGUCAUCUGUAGGGAAAACAAGGGUUACUCAAGAAGGCAGGAGAAAGGAUACAACUUUACAGAAGUCAAGGCAAUUCUUUGUUAACUAAAACUCUAAUAACCUUGUUCUCUAUGAUUCAGUUGCUGCAGCAGAUAUAGUAGUUGGGCCAAUCAGAUAUUCCAACCUAAUAAAAUAGUGAAGUUGGAGGCUGACAAUAACAAUGCAGCAUAAAAGUAGUAUUUAUCAUACAUAAUGCAUUGAAAUGAUUUUAAAGUUAUGGUGUCAUUUCAAUGUUUUAUAUAUGUAAUGCAUCUUGCUGAAUCUUUCUUUUUUAAGGCAUGUAGGGCUUCCCUCUCAUUUACAACCAAUCCAUAUUUAAAUUUCCAAUAUAUCUUGCCUAACAUUAUUCCUUUCAGCUCAGCUACUCGGCAACUAAUAAUUGUUUUUUUCCUC